AUGGCCGGGGGGGGGACGGGACAUGUGGCCACCGAUGGGUUCGUGCAGUACAAGGCGACGUCGCUGGAGAAGCAGCACAAACACGACCUGCUCACGGAGCCCGACCUGGGCGUCACCAUCGACCUCAUCAACCCCGACACCUACCGCGUGGACCCGGGCGUGCUCCUGGACCCGGCAGACGAGAAGCUCCUGGAGGAGGAAAUCCAGGCGCCCACGAGCUCCAAAAGGUCCCAGCAACACGCCAAGGUGGUGCCCUGGAUGCGCAAGACCGAGUACAUCUCGACCGAGUUCAACCGCUACGGGGUGUCCAACGAGAAGCCCGAGGUCAAGAUCGGGGUGUCGGUGAAGCAGCAGUUCACGGAGGAGGAGAUCUACAAGGACCGUGACAGCCAGAUCGCCGCCAUUGAGAAGACCUUCGAGGACGCCCAGAAAGCCAUUACGCAGCACUACAGCAAGCCCCGCGUCACCCCCGUGGAGGUGAUGCCCGUGUUCCCUGACUUCAAGAUGUGGAUCAACCCGUGCGCCCAAGUGAUCUUCGACUCGGACCCGGCGCCCAAGGACACGAGCGGCCCCGCGGCGCUGGAGAUGAUGUCGCAGGCCAUGAUCAGGGGGAUGAUGGACGAGGAAGGCAACCAGUUCGUGGCCUAUUUCCUGCCCGUGGAGGAGACGCUGCGCAAGCGCAAGCGCGACCAGGACGACGACGUCGACUACGCGCCCGAGGACGUGUACGACUACAAGAUCGCGCGCGAGUACAACUGGAACGUGAAGAACAAGGCGAGCAAGGGCUACGAGGAGAACUACUUCUUCAUCUUCCGCGAGGGCGACGGCGUCUACUACAACGAGCUGGAGACGCG